AAGAUACCUCAUGGUUGACAUCUUCGUUACCUCAUGGUAGAUAUAAUCGAUACCUCAUGGUAAACAUCAUCGUUCCCUCAUUGUACACGUCAUCGAUACCUCAUGGUAGACACAAUCGAUACCUCAUGGUAGACAUCAUCGUUACCACAUGGUAGACAUCUUCAUUACCUCAUGGUAGACAUAAUCGAUACCUCAUGGUAGACAUCGUCGAUACUUCAUGGAAGAUAUCAUCGUUACGUCAUGGUAGACAUCUUCAUUACCUCAUGGUAGACAUACUCGAUACCUCAUGAUAGACAUCGUCGAUACUUUAUGGUAGACAUCAUCGAUACCUCAUGGUAGACAUCUUCGAUACUUCAUGGUAGAAUCAUCGUUAUCUCAUGGUAGACAUCUUCGCUACCUCAUGGUAGACAUCUUCGAUCUGGUAAUUGAAGGGAAGACACAUGUUCAGACUGGAAGUACAUUAUCUUUAACAUGCAAUGGUACUGCCUUACAGUCACAACCGGCGAAUCUUGACUGGUUUAAAGAUGAGGAGAAAUUGAUUCCGAAUGAAAGAAUACAUAUAAACGUUCAUACAAAAGUUAUGGAUCGAUCUGUUAGGACUAUAUCAAGUACAUUAACCAUCAAUGAUAUGGACAAACAAAACGAGGGACAAUACAAAUGCUGGAUUUCCAAUGCCAUGAAUAAAUAUAUUACUGUACAUGUCAGCGGAGACAUGAAGUCAGGGGCUGAUAUGAAGUAUUUUAUGACAACGUCAACAGCUGCAUUGACCCUGGCUGUGAUUGCGUUCUGCAUUAAAAAAUGAUGAUGAAUGCACAACUCACUCUAUAACUAGAACACUAUUGAAUAUACUAGAGAUGGUUUUCCUUUAAGAGUUUAUCUCGUUCGAGUGUUCAUAAUGCUUUUAGAAGGAUGGCAAAGAUAUUAGCUGUAGUAAUCAUCUUGAUUAAUAAAAAGUUUGCAUAGUUUAAAAAAAUUCCGCUAUUGACAACCUGUUAGUAGUGUAGACCCAUCUUCUUUAAAACACAAUUGUUCGUAUAACUAUUUGUAUACGUGCGAUAAAAUUUUGCUGAUGUGCAUGACUUAUUGUACGGCACAUACACACACACACACGCACGCACGCACACACACACACGUACUUACUGUACAGGACCGCGUUUGGUUUGUACACAGGAGAACUCGAGAAGCAAUAGCACAAAAGCCUACAGUAUUUUUUCCCAUCUGAACUCAACCAGUGCUCUAUAUUUCUAGAAGAAACGUGUCGUGUUUUCACAAUUCCAACAGAAGAACAUACAUACAUACUUACAUACAUACAUACAUACAUUCAUCCUUUACCAGUGCAGAUACAGAGCGAUCUGACCUGAGGGACGUAGUGAGACAAAGCCCCAAGAACAGUGAAACAAACAAACACGCACGCACGCACAGAGAGAGAGAGAGAGAGAGAAGAGAAGAGAAGAGAAGAGA